CAUUAAAUGGAAUAAAUACAGACUAUAUAAUCCUAUUAUGAUUCACUCAUAAAAGAAUUAGAGAAGAAGUUUGAAGAGAAGCUAUCAUAACUCAACAAAAGGUAUCACGUAAUGGAAACAUAUCUGAAACAAAAGAUAAAAUUGCUUGAAGCAGGGAAACAUUAAAAAUCAGAAGAUUUGGAAAAAGUAAAAUUGAAAGCCAAAAUAUUCUCACUUGAAAAAUAGUUAUAACAACUAGAAUCCAGAGACAAUAUCUUGCACCGACCAGAUUCAAAGUCCUCUGAAUCGUAAGCCCCGUAGGAAGUAUUUUUGAGUGUAUUAGAUUCCGUGUUUAAAUAAUUGGGGAAUAAUUUUGAAUACCCUCAAUUCCUCUAUCCAUAAAUCGACAGUCUCAUUCCAAAUUUAAUUGAAAUCUUACCCACCUCACUCAACUUAUUGUCAGACAUGACCUUUUUGCUCUAUAAAACUAAAUUUUAUCAUAACUUUUUGGCGAUCCCUCAAAGUAUCAUAUAUAUUAGCUAUAUUCUCAGAUAAAUAAUUACAGGAAGACAGAAUCAAAUUAAAAAGCAUAGAAUAACACGUUAAUGAAAUCAUGUUUUGUGGUGGUUGUCAUUAGAACUUUGAGAUUUGCUUCAAUCCUCAAACGGAAGAAUGGAAGAAGAAGGCUUUGGAAAAAGAAAUCGAGAAACCCGUUGUCCAGCCUCACACUCUAUAAUUAACGCAAAGUUCUGUCAUCUAGAAUUACAUUAUCAAGGCUGCGAAAUAAAAAUUGGAAUCCAGUUAUAUCAAAGUAAUCAGAGACAACAACUAAAUUCAUCACUUGAACUUUUCCCAACAACUCAAAUAGAAACAUGUUUUAUUCGAAAGAUUGAAUUGUUUCAUACUCACUCUGAUCCUGUCCUUCACCAAAGAUAACAUAAUCUAUGCCUUAAAUAAUAUCAUUUAAGAUUUGAAAAUAGAUGUACAUUCAAUAUUAUUUAAUUUAGAAUCAAAUAUUGCUUUAGCAAUUAAUUUAGUAGAUUUAAAAGAAAGAUCUCGGUAUUAGUCAUUCAUAUAAUUAGAUAUGUUGAUCCUAUAUAAAUUGAAGGAUUACGGAUCCGAUAUUGAAUUGCAAUACUCUAGUGUCAAUUUCAUCUAAGAACUAAAUAACAAAGGAAUUAAACUGUAAUUCUGUAUACAAUCCUAGUCCCUAAUCUGAAUAGUACUUGAAAGAACAAAAGAAACCCGGAAUUGAUAAAGAGUUGAUGUAGAUGAUCCAAUAAUUAGAAUGA